GUUUUUUGCAGACUCCACCCAUCGCCAUAGCACACCGCGAUCUUCCAUCACCAACGCGCUGGCGUCGCGAUGCAUUUGUUUAUAGUGUCGUUCGUUUGUUUCGCGCCCAUGGCCGUCUACGGUUCGGGCUUCCCGAAGUUCCCGUUCGAUUCCAGGACAGGAGACAGUGCGGGGUUAAAGUGUGGCGCCAGGGAGUUGCAGUGGAAGGCGGACAGGGAACCACGGGUUAUAGGGGGUGAGGUGCCGCCUCCAGGGGCUGUGCCAUGGCAGAUAGAUCUGCGACUUCAGGAUAAUACUCAUCAAUGUGGUGGAGCACUAAUAAGCAGCAGGUUGAUAUUAACGGCAGCUCAUUGCUACAGUGCAGGGCUCAAAGCAGUUGCAGGAGCACAUGGACCUCCGGGUUCCUCUCCAUACGAACAAGUCCUCAAGGUAGAGCGGUUCCUGCCUCAUCCAGAUUUCAGGAAGCUGGGUCCCUAUUCCCAUGAUCUGGCACUGCUAUUGGUGCCUGAACCAGGCUUUAAGCUGAACAGGUUCAUCUCUCCAGCAUGUCUGUCCAGAGACCAUUCGGUAUUGCAGCCUGGCACUUGGUGCGAGGUCUCAGGAUGGGGAGCCGUGGACCCCGAUAAUGCAGAAGUGCUAUCACCAGUUCUCAAAGUUGCUGCUGUGCCAGUUGUCCCACUUGAUACAUGCCGGAAGAAAGGUUUCUAUGGAGGAAAAACUCAACAGAUCUUGGACUCUAUGCUGUGUGCUGGGUAUAUCAAAGGAGGUGUUGAUGCAUGUGGAGGAGACUCAGGAGGACCCCUGAUGUGUGAGCAAAAUGGUCGAUGGGAGGUAGCAGGCAUAGUGUCGUGGGGAGAAGGGUGUGCCAAAAGAAAUAAACCUGGGGUCUAUACCAGGGUAUCUAGUUUUGAUGGAUGGAUCAAGCAGUCUGCUAGAGAAAUGGCGUACGAUGUCGCAUCAGAGCUUGGAAACGAUUAGAAUUACCAGUUAAAAAUUGGAGAAGGUCGUGAAGCGCACGCACCAAAAAUCUACAAAACGUGUUUUAUUGAAGACAUAAAGAUUUUGACUAAGAAUUACAUUUUAAGUUUGACUAAACAAGCCAAAUAUUGAAGAGAAUUCACUCGGUUUUGAGUAAAUGCUUGGCAAAAAUAGAAGUAGUGCUUGUAUACUGCUAGUCAUUAGGUUUAUAUCAUCAGCUGCCAUUUCCUUUAAGGAUAACUUAAACAUGUAUACGUAAUCACCUAUUCUUAGCUUACCUGUAGGUCAUAAAAUCAUGAUUUCAAAGAAUGUGGCUUGUCAGGUUCACAACCAUGAAGUCAAAAAAUACAAAAUUAGUAAAGUACUUUUUUCAUUAUAGUUUUCAAUAAAAUGUUUCUCUCGGAUUCGAGUAGUUGAUACAUUAGGCUAAGUGUUAUCAUAUAUGUAAAAGUUGAUCUCAAACGUCGAAUUAAAUAUACUGCUAGUUACUAUUAGUGUAGUUACCAAUGCAAUGAUAUUGUAAAUAUUUCAGGCUAACCAUAUUUAUUCCUUAGUUAUAACUGUGGAUUCUUCUAGAACCAAUUUUGCUGAAAUAUAUGUCAAGUACUCAGUACAAA